ACAGCAAAUCCACUCAGCCACCUGUAAACCUAAAAUUUCUCCCAUUAUUUUAUCCAACAAAAAAAUUUGAACGUGUAAAAACCUCCUUCACAAAACAACCGUUUCUAACUAACCCAUCCUCCACUCUCAGAAACCCUAACAUGCCCUCUCCUGCCCUCUCCCUCUCCCUCUCCCUCCAAACCCUAACUCCCACCAAUGACACAACCCGCAAACCCCAUCAAACCCACCUCCAAAAUCCCUCUCUCCUCCAACUUCACUCCCAAAACUUUCCUCAAAUUACACCCACUGACCCUUCCCGCCAAACCCAAAACCACGCUCUCCUUCAAAGCCCACUCCUCCCCACCCUCCGAUCGCACUCAAGCCCUAAUCUCGAUCCUCUGCACGAUACCCGAUUGGGCCGACCACAUAAAAGAGCGUGGAAUGCGACAGAAGCGGACCCUCUACGACCACGAGAAAUGGGUUCAGCACAGGAGCUCGCUCCGCCACUGGCGCCACUUCAUGUCGAGCCUGUCGUCGCGGGUGAUCCUAUCGCUGGUGCCGCCGGUUAUCACCUUCACCUCCUUCGCGGCUAUCAUCACGGGCUAUAAUUACGCGGUGUCUGCGGACUGGUUGCCGGGGUUUUUCCCGGUGUUGAGGGGCCCAUCUUUGCCGUACCAGCUGACGGCGCCGGCGCUGGCGCUCUUGCUGGUGUUCCGGACUGAGGCCUCGUACUCGAGGUUCGAGGAGGGGAGGAAGGCAUGGACCAAGGUUAUUGCUGGGACCAAUGAUUUGGCGAGGCAGGUGCUUGCUGGGGUUGAGGCUUCGGGUAAAAACGCACUGCUCAAGAAGGCACUUUUGCAGUAUAUUAUGGCAUUUCCGGUUGCACUUAAGUGUCAUGUUCUUUAUGGGUCAGAUGUUACGCAAGACCUCCAAGGUUUUCUUGAAGUAGAUGAUCUAGCAAUAGUGCUCAAUUCGAAGCAUCCGCCCAGUUGCAUUAUCGAGUUCAUCUCGCAGAGCCUCCAGUUGCUAAAGGUGGAGGAAUCAAGGAGAAAUAUGUUGGAGUCAAAGAUCUCUUGUUUCCAUGAAGGAAUUGGAGUUUGCGAACAACUUAUGGGUAACCCCAUCCCCCUCUCCUACACGCGAUUGACCUCAAGGUUUCUGGUCCUCUGGCAUCUCACUCUUCCUAUCAUACUUUGGGAUGAUUGCCAUUGGAUUGUUAUUCCGGCUACGUUCAUUAGUGCUGCUUCUUUAUUCUGCAUAGAAGAAGUUGGUGUUCUUAUCGAGGAGCCAUUUCCAGUGCUUGCACUCGAUGAGCUAUGCAAGCAGGUUUACAACAACAUUCAGGAGGCAAUUGCAACUGACAAAAUAAUUCAAGCUCGGUUGGCUGCAAAACUAAGGAGCCACUCUAAGGAGCACUCACCAAAUGGCCGGCCUAAUUCUUAGGUGGAUGGAAAGCUCAUAUUUUCACAAUUUAGGAUACGAGGCAGGUCGUCUAUAUGCUUCCCUGUUUGUAGAGCUGGUGGCUAGUUAUCCGCAUCUUCUGUAGUGGAGCUUUAGCAUCAACAUAUGUGGAUAUGAAAUGGUCUAUUCAAUUACUCCCAAGAAAUUUGUGUUGUAUUGUGUAUAUGUAUAUAAUAGAGUCAUGUUCAGCAUACAUAAUUUUUAUCUUCUUCUUCAUCUUUGAAGGUAGGGAAAAAUCGCCACUUUCCUUCCUAAACGAAGGAAAGCGGAAUGACGGCUCAAUUGUCUCAUCUAGUUCCCUUCAGUCAGCAUGUGGUGAAACAGAAUCCUUCAUGAGAUUGCCACUAGACCGAUUGACAAUAAAUUGUAGCAUAUUCAUCUGUCUCUUGAAUA